ACUUCAUCUAUGCAAUGUUUCCUUCCUGUGCCAAGCUAAUCCAUAGAAAUAAAUCGUAAUUUAUUAUUUUACAUGCAGCUCGUGAAAAUGCUUCAAGAGCACAGUGCGACAUUUAGAUAAAUUUGACUCGCUGAGUACCCCACCACAACAACAAGUUGAGUGUUGAGAAGAAACUCUGCCAUUUUGGAUUACAUACGAUUUUUAAUUGUUUGACAAUAUUACUUCCAAAAUUGAGUUCAACGAGAAGAACACUAACAAAUGUUUAAAUGGACGCAUCGUCCAUCAUCACCCAAGUGUCGCGGGAUGACGAACAAUUAAGCAAUUUUUCACCAGAGAAAGUUCAGUUGCCACGGGUGGAAAAUGAAAUAUCAGUUCAAGGUCAGACUGGGAAGAAGCCCCGGCGUGGAUUGCUGCGCACUCUUCUCUGCUGCUUCAGUAGACAAGCAAGUUCAAAAAGUUCUAAAGCAUCAACGGGAAAUGAUGGUCGUUGCUCUCCCCCAGUUAGUCCGGGCUCACCCAAUUUUCUGCUGCCAUCUGUGCGACACUCGGACAUGCACAAAAAGUGUAUGGUGAUUGACUUAGAUGAAACACUGGUUCACAGUUCAUUCAAGCCUAUUAACAAUGCUGACUUUGUUGUUCCUGUGGAAAUUGAUGGAACAGUUCAUCAAGUUUAUGUCCUGAAGCGACCAUAUGUAGACGAAUUUCUUCAGAGGAUGGGAGAACUUUACGAGUGUGUACUAUUCACUGCAAGUUUGGCCAAGUAUGCUGAUCCUGUGGCUGACUUGCUGGAUAGGUGGGGUGUUUUCAGAUCGAGAUUAUUUCGAGAGUCUUGUGUGUUUCAUAGAGGCAAUUACGUGAAAGAUCUUAAUAAACUGGGACGUGAUUUGCAAAAAGUUGUAAUUGUUGACAAUUCUCCUGCUUCCUAUAUCUUCCAUCCAGACAAUGCUGUGCCUGUUGCUUCAUGGUUUGAUGACAUGACUGAUUCUGAGCUUCUGGAUCUGAUACCAUUUUUUGAGAAGCUUAGCAAAGUGGAUAAUGUGUACACAGUUCUCUGUAAUUCAAACCAUCCAUAUAACACGACAGCACCAUCCACAGUACCAUCACCACUGUCAAAUCAGCAGCAGCAACAGCAGCAGCAGCAGCAACAGCAGCAAUUACACAGCCUUCAAGUGAACAAUCAUACACAAUUGAAUGUGGGCUCGUAGCCAAGCUUGUAUGUUAACUUUGUUUUAGUCGAUCAGUGUGAACCUGUUGGUGUUAAGACAAGGCAGAAGCUGGGACCUGAAGUUAAAGGCCAUGCUGUUAAUCGUUAAAAGUGUGUAACUGUGAGUGCGAGUGAGAUGUGUCAGAAUCGUUUGAAAUUGUGUUAUUUGUGGUCACGGAAACCACAUGUUACAAAUGAAAUUUGCUUCAUCCUUUUCGAGAAAGUGCAGGACUUUGAUUUCCAUGCAAAACUAUUGCAUGAAUCAACUGUAACACUUCACUUUUGAUGCCUGUUGCAAGAGAGCAAGUGUAAAUAUUUUAUAAAAAGAAAUUCAGAAAUUUUAUCCAACAGUCCAAGUGCCAAUAUUGCCUUCUGAAAAGAUUAAUUGUUCCUCGUUGGCAAGGAAAGAAAUUAUUCAGCAGGUCAUGUUGUGUAUACAUGUAAGUGUGCCCAUGUGUUUCUGUGUGUGUAUGUGUGUGUGUAUUCUCGGUCCAACUCCCUCAACAAAGUCAACUCCCAGUUAUUUUUGCUGACAAGAAUAGUUUUUUAUAAUGAAAUCUGUUUCCCCAGAUUAUAUUACAAACAAUUUUGAUAAGGCAGAAUGAAACCCUGUGCAAUUUUUGUAACCAGUCAAGGGAUCUUGUAUAAUCUAUUGUCAUAUUUGCUUGUUACAUUUAGUAUGAUUUUACUCUGACUAGUGAAAGAUUUUAUGUACGACUAAAAAAUUAUAUAUAUAUACAUAUAUUUAUGGCACUAAUCAGCCACUGUAAUAAAUUAAUUUUGGAAUGAGUUACCUGCUGUACAGAGUAAAUUUGACAAUGAUUGAAGAAAUAAUUUGGUGUUACAGUUUUUAACAAUACAAACAGUCCUGAAGCAAGCAGUUACUUCACAUAUUUUAAUGCUCAGGAAAGUUUGGUGCUACUUUCUUUUUUUAUGUAACAUUAUUCAGGUACACACAAUGCCGAGAAAGAACAUAAGUUCAUGGGAAUUAGAAUUUGCAACCAAAAGAACAAUCAUAAAUAUGAGUUAUUAGCCCUCCUCUCCAUCUUUUACUUGCCUACCUUCAAGCAAGUAAAGCAAAAUUGCUUUUUAAAAAAGCAGUUACUUAUAGGACGCCAUUGAAUGAAUAAAGAAAAUGGAGUUGACAAAAUGAUGGUAGAUCUGUAAUUUGAGCUGUUAAAUUUGAUGUACUGUGGUUAUUUGCCACACACCUAUUAUAAGUAUGUGACUUUGCUAAUCUCUAUAGUGGCCUUAUACAAGCAUGCCAGCAUAUUGUGUUGGCAUGCUUGGAUGUGUGAUUUCGCAUAUCUUUGGCGAUAUUUACACAGCUUUUAUCUUUAUUAUAAUUUUUUACUCUGACUAUUUAUAUAUGUAUAAAAGAGAGUAACCAAGUAACCUGUUCAUGGAUUUCAGUAUUUACCCUUCUGGUGGUGGUUGCCAAUAUUUACUGUGGUAGGGCAACUCUGAUUUUAGUUCAACUCUUGCAGUACAAAUGAGCAUCACAAUAUCAGUCUGUACCAAUGAUUGGUUUUACUUAAUUGAUGUAUGUAUCAUCCAGGGGGGGGGGGGGGGGGGGGUUGUUUAUGUGCUACAUGAAUUGUUGGUUAAGAAAUUGAAGUUUUGUUUUAUUUUUGUAAAGUUUAUUGUGUACUCAUUAUGAAUCAUACUUAAGAUAUUUUGCAACAAAUAAACUGAAAUGUGCUUUUUGUUUUUCCUUGUGAAUGAUGAAAGUACCUUGUUUUAUUUAAUUUGUAGUUGAUCAGUGUGUACAUAAUUAAAAUGUAAUAUUCUACCCAUUUGCUUGUCUUCCUAAGUUUUAUUGCUUAUUUGUUAAAGAGAUUGUACUUAGACCUUAGAUUUGACACAUUAUAAAUUUGUGAAACUGGCUGGUUUUAAAAGUUGGUUCGGUGCUAUCUAUAACUGAAUGUGAUAAAAGUAAAUAAAUCUGUUCAGAAGACCAUUAUUUAUGGAAAGUGCUGUAUCUUUCUUUUAAUUACUUGUUAUAGACUUUAUUUAAAGACAUACCACAAUAAAGAAAGUUGUGCCUUCACAUUUUA